AUGAAUUAUUCCGGCAAUUCGCAAGAAUCCAGCGAUUCAUCAGUUAAAAAUUAUACCUUUUCGCACCGAACUGGAACAAAGGCCAAAUUCCGAUUCCCAUCGCCGCCUAGAUUAACCCAAAGCGCUAAUAACUCGUACAAUUCCACCAACUCCGAUAGCUCAAAAUCGAGCGCGAGCAGCCUCAAAUUGAGCAAAAGCUACAAUCUGACCAAACGGCGGCGCAAACCGAAAUUCAAGAAACUCCAACCGUUAGGCAUUUACUGGGACAUCGAGAAUUGCCAGGUGCCCAAAAACAAGAGCGCCUCCGCUUUGGUCCAGAAGAUCCGCCAGACCUUCCUCGAAGCCUACUACGAAUCGGAAUUUGUAGUCGUUUGUGAUGUCAAAAAAGAAAGUUCGCAGGUCAUACAGGAAUUACACGAUGCUCAGGUAAUGUUGGUACACGUUUCUUCUACAUCGAAGAAUGCGGCCGAUGAGAAGCUAAGACAAUCGUUGAGGCGCUUCGGGGAAUUACAUCCGGCUCCUUCGGCCGUUGUUUUGAUAUCCGGGGACAUAAAUUUCGCCUCGGAUUUAUCGGAUUUGCGCUAUCGAAGGAAAAUCAGGGUUAUUUUGGUGCACAACGUCAACGCCGCGGACGCUUUGAUUUUAUGCGCUAACGAACACCACUCGUUCACCGAGCUUAUUAAAGAUAUACCGGAGAAUAAAAUAAAAACCCAACCGACUGUUCACGAAACUUCUUUUCUGACCGUUACUAAUCUCCCGAAGAACUUCGAUGUGAUACGAUUGAAAAACAGACUGCGAUUUCUGAUCGAGAAUUGCGGAGGGAAAAUUUUCAAUAUCGAUACCUCGGAAGGGUCCGCUGUUAUUAAAUUUUCGAAUUUGGAUAACGCUCUUAGGGCUCAGAGAAGGGUGCAGGGAGAAGAUGUGUUCGGCAACAAAAUCAAAACCUUAUCGCCAAUCGGACGGCGAAAUUACGCAAGCAAAGGUCAAAAAUUGAAACAGCCCGAAUCGCUGUAUCACUCCUACGAGCAAUUACCACCUCCCGGUUUCUUCACCACCAGCAAUCAAAAAACCUCCAGGGCGGCCGAGAAAUCCAUCAAGUACCCCAGCAACUUCCAACUACCCCAAGUCAACGGCGUGUACCGCCCGUUCAGCGCCAACGCCACCCCCAUGGAGAUCGGCUACGAGUACCAGCUGUGGGGCAAGAACCCCGAGAAGAAGCCCUCGACGCGAAUUCACAAGAGCUCCGGCAGCUCCGAGUUCGCCAGCGACGAUCAAAGGCUCGGUUACUUCCACGAGACGUCCAAGGCUCCACAGGGACACCAAGUCGAUCUCACUAUAAGCAAUUUGGAUCCGAACGUGGAGUACAAGGAACUGAAGCAGUUGCUGAGGAACAUGCUGAAGGAUUGCAACGUGGCGAAUAAUUUUAGUUUAACAACUCAAGCCGACGGUACGCCUAUAGUUAACCUCACCGUUCAAAGCCAACAAGAAGCCCAAUAUGUAAUAUCCCAAUUGCACAAGAGGAAAUUGGGCCACAAGAGAAUCCUGAUAUCGUACGCCCAAAGCGCCUCGCCCUAUCCCGAAGAACUCAAAGCGAUGGUCGUCGAACUACUACAAGAACUACCCGAUCAAUGUAUGCCGCUGUUCAGGCUCAUCUACCUGCUGGAAUUGAAGUACAACUACACCACUUCGAUAUCGGAGAUCAACAAGCUGAAGGACAUUUGUAAGAUCGAUGAGAACUCCGGCUCGAGGAUCAUAUCGUUGAAUCGCCAGUUCAAAACCGCCUCGCCGGCCAGUCUGAGUCGAGUCCUGUCGCAGUACUGCACUAAACACUGCUCCAGCGUCAUCGAAAACCGAAGCUGGAGCGAAUUGAACGUCCACCAAUUUCCGAACGUCAGGAUCGAUUUGAGAUCGUUCGCCGAUAAGCUCGGCUCGUUGCUGAGAAGCCACGACAACUUCAUGCAUCUCAUGAGUUUCCAAACUUGCUACGAGCAAGAAUUCUUCGAGCCCCUACCCGCCUACGACGAUGGCGUUCCUUUGGAGCAUCUCGUUACCUGCGUACCUAACGUGGUUAUCAAGCUGGUGGGGCCCAAUAAGAACAUCAAAAUCGUAACGGUCGAAGAGAACAAAAAGGAGAAACAAGACGAAGAAGGUCCUUUGAAAAGCGUUCCUCCUUCGUUAGUACCGAACAUCUUCACGCUGUGCAGGGAACUGGUGGAUUUGCUGAAGACCCAAGAGAAGUGCCAGUUGUUGAUGAGCAAGUUCAUACCGGCCUAUCACCGGCACUUCGGCAAGCAGUGCAAACUGGCCGAUUACGGUUACGCGAAGCUGGUCGAUUUGUUCGAAUCGAUACCACAUGUAAUACAGGUUUUGAACGACGGUACGAAGCGUACUAUAACGCUCACGCAUUCGACGCAGAUGCGCCGUUUCACCGCCGAUUUGCUGCGAGUGCUCAAAGUGCAGCCGGCCAAGCAGAUUGUCUCUUCGGAUUUCCCAUCGGCUUAUGAAAAAGUCAACGGUAGAUCGUUCAACGCUGUGGAUUACGGGCUGUGUACGUUCGAGGAUCUGCUGCAAGAGGUGCCUGAGAAUACAGUGUUAGUGAGCCGGAAUGAAGCCGGGGAAUUGUUCGUGGCUAUACCGAGGAGAGAACAAACGCCCGAAGAAAUGGUGAAGACUAAAGAGUUCGCGUUGGAGGUGAUAGAUUUGCUGCAACAUUCGCCGUAUUAUUCUAUAUUGUUCGAUAAGUUCAUACCGGCUUAUCACCACAACUUCGGUCACCAAUGCAAGGUGUCCAAUUACGGGUUUUCGAAGUUGAUUGAAUUGUUCGAAGCCAUUCCGGAUAUAGUGAAGAUCGAAGAAAUGCCCGAUGGCGAAAAAGUGAUUAGUUUAACGCUGCCGCAGGCCCUGAAGGUGCUGAGAUCUCAGCUGAUGGAAAUCGUGAGGGGGGCCCCGCAGGCUUCUUUACCGGUCGCUGAUCUGCUCAGCGUUUAUUUGAAAAAGUACAGUUUCCCGUUGAAGCCGCAAAUGUACAAAUGCGGCUCGAUCAACGAGCUGUUGUCGGGCUUUUCGGAUUAUUUCCAAUUGAUUAAUAAUAACGGGGAAUUAUUAAUCGUUGCUAUUAACGUGGAUGAUACGCCUAAUGUUCUGUCGUUAAGAUGCUGGGGAUUGUUGCUGAAAGAGCCGCAUUGUAUGGAUUUGGAAACGUUCAAGUAUCAAUAUCAGUCGAAGUACAACAGCAGAUUUUUGAUGGAUGGAUUACAACAAAUCGGGAAUGUAAUUUCGAUAUCAUUAUCGGAUGAUAUAAAUUACAUUGCCUUGACAAAGUUGUAUAUUUUGUCCGCUCAAUUGUAUCAAGUGAUAUAUAAAAACGAUGGUAAAUGUUUCUACGCUCAUUUAGAGAAGUUGUACGAAGAGUAUUACGGAAAACCGUUGAAAUUAACUUCCUACGAUAUAUAUUCGAUAUGCGAGUUUUACGAACACUUCAAUCUGAUGUUUUUCAUCAAAGGUCGAAAGAACAAGGAGAUGGUGCUUUUAAAUAAGAAUUUAGCAGAUCAUUUUGUACCGUUGCCGUCUUCGUUAUGCAACAAAGUUCUAAUGGAUACGAAAAGCAACUUCAAUUUUCCGCCGCCUCCCUCUUUAGACAUGGUCUUCGGAACGAAGAAGAAAUCGUGCCCACCGAAGCCCGAUACCCCGCCGUCGCCGCAAACUACCAAUUGCGCUUGGAACCAUUGGACGAGUACUAACAACGACAACAAACCGCACGAUUUGUCCAUUCAAUUGCCCAUCAUACUGAACCCUAAAUUACUGGGUAAUCCGUAUUCUUUGAUAUCUCCGUGUCGUACUCUUCAGCCCUCGAUGAGGCACAUUUGGAAUGAUAUCACCUCACCGGAUCCUGCUGAAUUACCUUUGCCCGAAAAGCUCAUACAAAAAGGUUCUAUUGCUAACGAUUCGGCCGAUUCAGGAGUUAAUAUAAAAUUGGAUAAUUCUCCAUCGGAUAACGAAAACGAUGCUGGUCCAUCAAACAACGCUGCUGGAAGAUCGGAAAAAUCUUCGUAUCGUCCGUAUUUACUAUUCAGCAAUUGA